AUGCAUCCUCAAUACAUCUUUGCAGUCCUUGUUCUUCUUGUUCCCCUUGUUGUCAUCGUUUCCGUCGCCGCCGAGGGAGGCUGGAUACCUUUGAGUCCUAGCGAUCCACGUGCGAUAACAGUUGCCCAGUUCGCUAUAACAGAGUACAAUAAGAAUACUACACAGAAGCUAGUAUAUCAGAGUUUGGUUUCAGCCGAGAUAGCUCAAAUAUUAGGCACUCUUUAUCACCUUACGAUAGCGGCCAAGAAUGAAACGUCGCCUACCUCUGUUGCAAAUUAUGAGGCUGGAGUUUUGGUUAGACAUGGACAAGAUCCGAAAUUGACUGCCUUCCAUAUUGCUAAAUGCUAG